UAAUUAUCAUUUACUCUUAACUUAUCUUUAAACUUCAACGCGCGUUGCUCAGUGUUGAGUAAUGUUUUGGUUUGGGCAGUCGUGUUAUUGAAGUUAAUUGUGAUUAGCAAACAUGCUCACGAUAAUAGUGGUUUCAAUAGUGUUUUUUGUUGCUCUAUAUUUAUAUGGAACCCGGACAUUCAACUACUGGAAAAAUCGGGGAGUGAAACAUGAUAAACCCUAUGCGUUUUACGGGAAUAAUUUUCGUCAAUUUGUGCAGCGUUCAAGUCUAGCUAUGACAGCAACAGAAUUGUACAGGAAGUAUCCCAAUGAGAAAGUCAUCGGUUACUACAGAAGCUCAACACCGGAGCUGGUUAUACGGGAUCCAGAAAUUGCUAAAAGGAUAAUUAGCACCGAUUUUGAGCACUUUUACGGAAGAGGAUUACAUCCAGAUAAAAUAGUGACAGAACCCCUUAUGAAAAACUUGUUCUUUGUGGACGGAGAUUUGUGGCGGUUGCUGCGACAAAGGUUUACGCCAGCAUUUAGCACGGGCAAAUUGAAGGCUAUGUUUCCACUUAUUACUGAAAGAGCGGAAAAGUUACAACAAUUAGCUGAAGAGGUAACUCAUUUGGAUUCCUACGAUUUGCGGGAACUCAUGGCAAGAUAUACCACCGAUUUCAUAGGAGCGUGUGGAUUUGGAAUUAACAUGGAUUCGCUGAGUUCAGAAAAUUCUGAGUUUCGAAAACUUGGUAAGAGAAUAUUCCAGAGAACCCCAAGAGACGCGCUUAGAGGCGCGUGUAAGUUCAUGUUUCCCGAAUUAUGCAAUAAUGUACACUUGCUAGCACCUGAAAUCGAGGAAUCCAUGCGUCACUUAGUUUUGUCAGUUUUAAAAGAGAAAAAUUAUAAACCAUCAGGCAGAAAUGAUUUCAUAGACUUAUUGCUUGAGCUCAAGGAACAAGGUGAUAUGGUUGGAGAGUCUAUAGAGAAAAAAAAUGAAGACGGUACUCCUAUAAUAAUUAAUCGGGCACUAGAUAUAGAACUUAUGGUGGCACAAGUAUUUGUUUUCUUUGGCGCAGGGUUUGAGACGUCUUCUAGUGCAUCUAGUUAUCUUUUACAUCAAUUGGCAUUUAAUCCUGAUUGUCAAGUGAAAGCACAGGAAGAAAUUGAUAGAAUGCUGUUAAAACACAAUAAUAAAAUAACAUAUGACGCUGUGAAAGAAAUGACGUAUUUAGAAAUGGCUUUUAAUGAAGGAAUGAGGAUGUAUCCUCCUGUAGCAUUUAUAUAUAGAGAGUGCAAAUCUCCUAAAUAUACGAUACCAGAGAUUGACAUAACGAUUGACGAAGGUGUAAAAAUAAUGAUACCAACGCAAGCAAUUCAUAACGAUGAAAAAUAUUUCGAUGAACCAGAAAAAUUCAAUCCUGAGAGAUUCAAUCCAGAAAAUAAACAGAACAGGAAAUAUAUUUAUAUGCCAUUUGGAGAAGGACCAAGAGCGUGUGUUGGAGCCCGUUUGGGCCAAAUGCAAGCUAUGGCCGGCGUGGCAGCAAUUCUACAGAAGUUCUCAGUGGAACCCGCGGCCUGCUCAGUAAGGAACCCACAACCGGAACCUACUGCGAUUGUUGCCGAGGGUUUUGUAGGAGGUUUACCCGUCAAAUUGAAAAAGCGGAUUAAGUAGCGGAUGUAUUGAGAGAUAUCGGAUGAUUUAAUACUUACUAUCUUAUCAUAAAUAUCAAUUAUGUAUGAUGGAUAAUCGAUUUAGACUAUGCGGUUUUGUGACGUGUUGGUGAUAAAUUCGAGACAUUUUAAUAAUAAUGCAGAGAACUAUAAACAUAUUGGAAACAUCUUCAUGACUGAAUGUGAAAAAAAGGUUUUUAAUUAAACAAUAUUAAUACC